GCCCCGCCCCGUGCCAGACCCAGCCAUGGCGGCCAUGAGCCGGGUGCUGCGGGCGGCCGCGGCCUGGGCGGCUCGGCGGGCGGGCAGCACCGGGAUCACCGGCACCACCGGGAUCACCGGCACUACCGGCAUCACCGGCAUCACCGGGAUCGCCCCCCGCCUCCCCGGCAUCCUCGUUCCUGUACGACACAGCGGCGACCAUGGGAAGAGAAUGUUUAUCAUCAAGGCAACAAGUUUUUAUGAUUCUCGAUUUCUGAGCUUGUUGAGAUUCUAUAUAUUCCUGACAGGAAUACCGGUGGCACUGCUCCUAACCUAUAUCAACGUCUUCAUUGGUGAAGCUGAACUUGCAGAGAUUCCYGAUGGUUAUGUUCCAGAGCACUGGGAAUACUACAAACACCCCAUAACUCGCUGGAUAGCUCGGUACUUGCUUGACCCCCCUGAGAAGAAUUAUGAGAAGGACAUGGCUCUGCUUCACGUCGAAGCGAAGAAAACUGAACUGAGGAUGCUGGAGCUGGAGGCACGCAGACUGAUGAGACACCGGGGAGAUGGACCUUGGUACCAUUAUGAAACACCCGACAAAAAUCUUGUUGACAAUUCUAUGAAAUCCACACCUGACAAUUAAACAAUUUCAGGACAGUAUGCAAGGUCUUAAAUGCAUACUGACAAAUUGUGACUGAACUAUGGAACAGAUGUCCUGCUGUUCGCUGAUGGAAAUGAAUAAAAAUGUCUGUGUUGAUUCCAGUA